UGAGGUGGGCGCGGGGUUGUUCGCCGCGGCAGUUUGAACUGGCGACCUCGGGCCGGCGCCUAAGAGGUCAGACCACGGACUCCGCGGGUCGCUGUAGGCCCCGCCGCGAGUCCGAGGCAAUGGAUGAACAGAGUGUAGAGAGCAUUGCUGAGGUUUUUCGAUGUUUCAUCUGUAUGGAGAAAUUGCGGGAUGCACGCCUGUGUCCUCAUUGCUCCAAGCUUUGUUGUUUCAGCUGUAUCAGGCGCUGGCUGACAGAGCAGAGAGCUCAAUGUCCUCAUUGCCGCGCUCCACUCCAGAUACGAGAACUAGUAAACUGUCGUUGGGCAGAAGAAGUAACACAGCAGCUUGAUACUCUUCAACUCUGUAGUCUCACCAAACAUGAAGAAAAUGAAAAGGACAAAUGUGAAAAUCAUCAUGAAAAACUUAGUGUAUUUUGCUGGACCUGUAAGAAGUGUAUCUGCCAUCAGUGUGCACUUUGGGGAGGAAUGCACGGUGGACAUACCUUUAAACCUUUGGCGGAAAUUUACGAGCAGCAUGUUACUAAAGUGAAUGAAGAGGUAGCUAAACUUCGUCGGCGUCUCAUGGAACUAAUCAGCUUAGUUCAAGAAGUGGAAAGAAAUGUAGAAGCUGUAAGAAAUGCAAAAGAUGAGCGUGUUCGGGAAAUUAGGAAUGCAGUGGAGAUGAUGAUUGCACGGCUAGACACACAGCUGAAGAAUAAGCUUAUAACACUGAUGGGUCAGAAGACUUCUCUAACACAAGAAACAGAGCUUUUGGAAUCCUUACUUCAGGAGGUAGAGCACCAGUUACGAUCUUGUAGUAAGAGUGAGUUGAUAUCUAAGAGCUCAGAGAUCCUCAUGAUGUUUCAGCAAGUUCAUCGCAAGCCCAUGGCAUCCUUUGUUACCACUCCUGUUCCACCAGAUUUUACCAGUGAAUUAGUACCAUCUUAUGAUUCAGCUACUUUUGUUUUAGAGAAUUUCAGCACUUUACGCCAGAGAGCAGAUCCUGUUUACAGUCCACCUCUUCAAGUUUCAGGACUUUGUUGGAGAUUAAAAGUUUACCCAGAUGGAAAUGGAGUUGUUCGUGGUUACUACUUAUCUGUGUUUCUGGAACUCUCAGCUGGCUUGCCUGAAACUUCCAAAUAUGAAUAUCGUGUAGAAAUGGUUCAUCAGUCCUGCAAUGAUCCUACGAAAAACAUCAUUCGAGAGUUUGCAUCUGACUUUGAAGUUGGAGAAUGCUGGGGUUAUAAUAGAUUUUUCCGUUUGGACUUACUUGCAAAUGAAGGAUACUUGAAUCGACAAAAUGAUACAGUAAUUUUAAGGUUUCAGGUUCGUUCACCAACUUUCUUUCAAAAAUGCCGGGACCAGCAUUGGUAUAUUACUCAGUUGGAGGCUGCACAGACUAGCUAUAUCCAACAAAUAAAUAACCUUAAAGAGAGACUUACUAUUGAGUUAUCUCGAACUCAGAAAUCAAGAGAUUUGUCACCACCAGCUAAUCAUCUUAGCCCCCAAAAUGAUGACAGUCCUGAGACACGAUCUAAGAAGUCUGGGUCUUGUGCUGACAUGCUUCUCCAGGAUGGUCCUAUUUCAGCUUCUGUAAGAGAGGCCAAAGAGGAUGAAGAUGAGGAGAAGAUUCAAAAUGAGGAUUAUCAUCAUGAGCUUUCAGAUGGGGAUCUGGAUCUGGAUCUUGUUGGUGAAGAUGAAGUAAACCACCUCGAUGGUAGCAGUUCCUCUGCCAGUUCCACAGCAACAAGUAACACAGAGGAAAACGACAUUGAUGAAGAAACUAUGUCUGGAGAAAAUGAUGUGGAAUACAACAACAUGGAAUUGGAAGAGGGAGAACUGAUGGAAGAUUCAGCUGCUGCAGGACCUCCGGGUGGUAACCAUGGCUAUGUUGGUGCCAGUAGUAGAAUGUCAAGAAGAACACACUUAUGUUCUGCUACUACAAGUAAUUUAUUAGACAUUGAUCCUUUCAUUUUAAUGCAUUUGUUGGACCUUAAGGGCCGGAACAGUAUGGAAAAUUUGUGGGGCUUACAACCUCGCCCACCUGCUUCACUGUUGCAGCCCACAGUUUCAUAUUGUCGAAAAGAUAAAGAUCAAAGGAAACAGCAGGCAAUGUGGCGAGUUCCCUCUGACUUAAAGAUGCUAAAAAGACUGAAAACUCAAAUGGCUGAAGUUCGAUGUAUGAAGACUGAUGUAAAGAAUCCACUUUCAGAAAUAAAAAGCAGCAAUGCUCCUUCUGGAGACAUGCAGACAAGCCUUUUUUCUGCUGACCAGGCAGCUCUGGCUGCAUGUGGAACUGAAAACUCUGGCAGAUUACAGGAUUUGGGAAUGGAGCUCUUGGCAAAGUCAUCAGUUGCCAGUUGCUACAUACGAAACUUUUCAUAUUGUCGAAAAGAUAAAGAUCAAAGGAAACAGCAGGCAAUGUGGCGAGUUCCCUCUGACUUAAAGAUGCUAAAAAGACUGAAAACUCAAAUGGCUGAAGUUCGAUGUAUGAAGACUGAUGUAAAGAAUCCACUUUCAGAAAUAAAAAGCAGCAAUGCUCCUUCUGGAGACAUGCAGACAAGCCUUUUUUCUGCUGACCAGGCAGCUCUGGCUGCAUGUGGAACUGAAAACUCUGGCAGAUUACAGGAUUUGGGAAUGGAGCUCUUGGCAAAGUCAUCAGUUGCCAGUUGCUACAUACGAAACUCCACAAAUAAGAAGAGUAAUUCACCCAAGCCAGCUCGGUCCAGUAUAGCAGGUAGUCUAUCACUUCGAAGAGCAGUAGACCCUGGGGAAAAUAGCUAUUCAAGGGGAGACUGUCAACCUCUGUCUGAAGUUUCCCCAGGAAGCUCUCAGUCUGGGAGCAGGCACAGUUCUCCCCGAGCCUUGACACAUGGCAGUUUCGGUGAUAUUCUGCCGAAAUCUGAAGACCUGCAGAGUCAGGCUUUGGAUUCAAAUGCUAUUGUGGUUGCAGUUAUCAAUGGCUUACCUGCUGUUGAGAAAAGGAGGAAGAUGGUCACCUUGGGGGCUAAUGUUAAAGGAGGUCGUCUGGAAGGAAUGCAAAUGACUGACUUGGAAAAUAAUUCUGAAACUGGGGAAUUACAGGCUAUACUGCCUGAAGGAGCUUCAGCUGCCCCUGAGGAAGGAAUGAGUAGCGACAGUGAUGUGGAAUGUGACACCGAGAAUGAGGAGCAGGAAGAGCACACCAGCCUGGGCGGAUUCAACGACGCUUUCACAGCACAGCCCCCAGAUGAAGAUACGCAUUCCAGUUUUCCUGAUGGUGAACAAAUAGGCCUUGAAGAUCUCAGCUUCAAUACUGAAGACAACAGUGGAAGGUAAUUUUUAAACCAAGAGAACUGACUUGCAAGCUAUCUUGACCCUGAAAUAUGCUGUAGUUGGUGCUCAAAUUGUCAUCUGUCAGAUCUUGUCUAAUUUUUUUUCAUCAUAUCUACCUGAAAUGAUAAUUAUGAAACUUUAGAAAGUAGCACAAUUCUAGUAGAAGACUUUAGUACACAGGAAAAAAAGUGUGGGAAGAAUUCUGUGUGAUGUAGUAAAUAAACAUGUAGUCCUUAAUUAAUUUAGUAAAGUAGUAUAUUCUUAAAGAGCAGUUUGUCGACUACAAUAGAAGGGCAAGUAACUGCCGAAAAAUGUCCCCAGAGACGUGCAUGCGCUCAGUGAUGCUCGCCACCGGUGCUGUCCUGUUUUUGGCUAGAUGCUCAGUUGUGUUUAAGUGACUGGCUUUUGGGUUUUAAUCAGUGUAUAGUUUCAUUAGUGCCUGUAGAUUAGUGAACAGAAAAAUUACUUAUGUGUAGAUUCUGUCCCGUAGAUACUUUAUUAUGUGAAUGACUGAAGUAACACUACACUAACUAAAGUUAACUUAUUUAUCUUUUCGUGUGUUUUUUCAAGUGCAGGCACACUGAUCAAUGGCUCAUAAUCUUUCUAUUGUGUGACUUUUACAAGUGUAUUUUUACUAGUAAAUAAGUUAAUGUGGAUUGGUUAUAUUCCUGGUUACAUGAACGUGUAUAAGAUCAUUUAAAGUAUCUCAUUUUUUCUGCCUCUAAAGUACAAGUAUUUAAUGUCCUCUUUUUCUCCUUUAUUUCAUUAGUUGGACAUUGAUUUCAGUGUCAGGGACAUUUAAAGAAAUACAAAUUGCAGGUUUACAUGAAACUGUGGUAUAGGUUUCUUUCAUACUUGCAAUGAGCCCAAAGUAGUUGCCAAACUUUUGCCAUUGUGCUCCUGCAUUUGUGUUUGAGCUGCUAGACUGUUGGUGAAAAUUACACUGAAAGUUGACUGAGACUAUUGAAAAAGCAUGAAUAUAUAUAUGUGAGAGGCAUCUCAUCUGCUUAUAUUUUACUUAAUACUCACUUUUCCAUGUCUAAUGUGUUGCCGGUUGCUAUGAUUCAUGGUUUGCUUUUGUUCAAAACAGUUUGCUCUUUUUGUUAAUAAAAUGAACUUGAGAAAAUA